GUCGUGGUCGUUGCCGUUCUCUCUUCGAACAAUCAACAUCGUCGUUGAAUUCAUUCAUUCAUUCACACUCUGUUAUUGCUGUUGAUGUUACUGCUGCUGCUGCUGCUCGCUAAUCAACCGCAACAGAUUCUUCAGUUGAAAUCGAGAAAUCUAACUGUUAAUCGCAUUUCUUCGAUCCAUUGGAAACUGAAAGAAACUGAAAUUGUUGUUGCUUGAAAUACCUCAAAGAAGGAAGAAAAAAAACAAAAAGAGAUAGAAAAACUUCUUACGUCGUCGUCGUCGUCGUCGUCGUUGUUGUUUUGUUGAAUGGUGAAAAUAACUUUCUUGUGCGAACCUCAUUUAGUGUUCUGUGUACAAGGAAAUUGAGCAAAAUAAAAUAUUUCUUAAUGAUCAUUCGCUCAAGUUUUUAAUGUGGUGACGAGACAAAGAAAAGCCUAAAGACAAAAGUCUUUCAAGAAAAAUAAAAACACAGAAAAAGAAAAGAUUACAGUGAAGUGUUGUGAAGAGUAAAUAAAUAAAUAAAUAAAUUGAGAAAUAUGUCGCUUUCAACGUCAUCAAGUGGCCUUCGAUUAUUCGAAAGUUCGUCAAUCGAAUCAGGUCAAAUACCAGAUUUAUUAUCGAAAAAUAUUGACGUUAGCCAACGUCAAAUAAUUAAGGAAGGAUGGUUGUUUAAGCGUGGCGAACACAUCAAAAAUUGGCGUCGACGUUACUUCAUCUUACGCUCAGACGGUUCAUUGGUCGGUUACAAGAAUUUCCCAGACACUCAGGUGCCAACCGAACCCUCAAAUAACUUCACCGUCGCUCGCUGUCAAAUCAUGUCUGUGGAUCGACCACGUCCAUUCACAUUCAUCAUUCGUGGCCUACAAUUGACCACCGUCAUCGAAAGAAUGUUCUAUGUCGAAACUGAACACGAAAGAUCCCAAUGGGUCGAUGCCAUUCGGAGUGUCGCCAAUUGCAUGAGCGAAGUUGAUCAACUCGAGCAGGAUGACUUGAUGGAUGAUAUCGAAAUGGCUUCAAUAGCUGAAGAAGAAGAUUUGGACGAAAAGUUUUCUUAUCAGGGAACGUCGACAGGAAAAGUCAACGGAAAGAAGAAAAUCACGUUGGAGAAUUUUGAAUUUCUUAAAGUUCUUGGUCGUGGAUCUUACGGCAAAGUUAUUUUAUGUCGUGAAAAAUGCACUUCUAAGUUAUAUGCUAUAAAGAUUCUCAAGAAGAAAGUCAUCAUUCAGAAGAGCGAAGUCGAACACACAAUGGCAGAGAAUCGCGUUCUUCAGAAGACGAAUCAUCCGUUUUUAAUUUCACUCAAGUAUUCCUUCCGCACCAAUGAACGUCUCUGCUUCGUAAUGCAAUAUGUGAAUGGUGGGGAUUUAUAUUUUCAUCUCAGGAACGAUAAAGUAUUCUCCGAAGAACGAACGAGAUUCUAUGGCGCUGAAACCAUUUCAGCUCUUGGCUAUUUACACUCUCAGAACAUUAUUUAUCGCGAUGUUAAGUUGGAGAAUUUAUUACUUGACAAAGAUGGUCAUGUUAAGAUUGCAGACUUUGGUUUAUGCAAGGAAGACAUAAGUUUUGAUCGUACCACGAAUACAUUUUGUGGAACUCCCGAAUAUCUUGCACCGGAAAUGCUUGAAGACAAUGAUUAUGGUCGAGCUGUAGAUUGGUGGGGUGUGGGAGUCGUCAUGUACGAAAUGAUUUGCGGUCGUUUGCCAUUUGACAAUCGCGACCACGAUAUUUUAUUCAAGCAAAUAAUGAUGGAUGAUGUGAAGUUUCCUCGAAACAUUUCCAACGAAGCGAAAUCUUUAUUAAAUGGACUUUUAGAGAAAAAUCCUCACAAGAGGCUUGGCGGUGGGCCUGAUGAUGUUAAAGAAAUCAUGGCUCAUUCGUUCUUCGCAUGUAUUAAUUGGAAUGACUUAGUUCAUAGGAAAAUUGUGCCACCGUUUAAACCUCAAGUCACCUCAGACACUGACACACGUUACUUCGACUCAGAAUUUACUGGAGAGAGUGUGGAAUUGACACCACCAGAUCCCGCCGUUUAUAUUCAUUCGAUUCAGGAAGAACCACACUUCUCACAAUUCAGCUAUCAGGCUAUGGCUUCUUACAUGAGUAACAAUUCAGCAUUAAUAUCGCUUACAUAGAACAAUUUAGAGAAAAAUUAGAAUUAGAGCCAAAUCUAGAGAAAAGAAUGUAUAAUUCCCAGAUCUGUGAUACUUUUAGUUUUUAAGAUCCUUUAAACUCUAUUCGACUUGCAUGUUUAAAUUAAAUAUUCUAAUGUAUUACGUAAUAAAAUUAAAUAGCAUUAUUAAAGAGCUUCCA